ACUGUUCCAGUUCUGUGCUUUUAUUGUGGAGGGCCAACCGGAAGACAUCUGCCGCUACUGCUAGCAUCGACUCGCGGCUCUCCUCUAGAGGAUGCGGCGGAGUAGAUGGAAGAGGAGGCGGAGGAGGUGAAAGACUGGAAGGCGGAGAAAAGCAUGAGCCGGUUGGAGGAGGAUGAUGCGGAUUGCGGUGCUCCAGCGGCAGGUCCUCUCUGCGGGGAUGCUUGAGGAAGUGUCGCGACCCUGCGGGGGGAGAACCUGUCUUUUUUUUUUUUACGGUGCCUCAAGUAAUCAGUGAAGACGGCUCGGAGACAUUGUGAGGACGACUUCUUUUUUAUUUUUUGUGACAUUUUUAAUGUUUUUUGGUGUCGUGUUUAGUUGACACGAGCAGGAGAUCAAAGGGAAGUCAUCCCUCAGGAUUGUGGGUCAGAGCUGCCAUCAUGGGUUUAGCCGUCAUCUUAGCAUCCCCCCCGCCUGCUCCUGCAGACUGAUGUCAACCUGAGAGGCAGCUCCAAAAAACAGUCGAAAAUAAUUCAACACAGCAGCUGAUUUAAAAUGAAAACGUUGACGCUCCAGCCUCCCUGGCUGAUAGAGGUGUGUGUAUGGACGGCGGUGUGCCUGCUCAGCAGCGGGGAGUCCGCGCCGAGCUCCUCGGGCCUGUCGCCCGCCAUCCGCGUGCCACUGCGGCAGGGCGCUGGCGGUGAGCCGCCGCUGCCGCCGGACGCCUCCGCGCAGGCAGGAAGAAGCGGCGAAGGAGGAGGAGGAGGAGGAGGAGGAGGGAGGAGAUACCCGGCGAGGAGGCGAAGGGGAGCGGCCCCGGGCGGCAUCAGCUUCGUGGACAUGAUUGACAACCUCCGUGGGAAGUCCGGACAGGGUUACUACGUGGAGAUGGCCGUGGGCUCUCCUCCGCAGAAGUUAAACAUUCUGGUGGACACAGGAAGCAGCAACUUUGCAGUUGGAGCAGCUGCUCACCCGUUCCUGCGCAGAUACUACCACCGCUCUCUCUCCAGUUCCUACCGCGACAUGGGCCGGAACGUCUACGUUCCGUACACUCAAGGCCGCUGGGAAGGCGAGCUGGGCACCGACUUGGUGUCUGUGCCGCACGGCCCCAACGCCACGCUGCGGGCCAACAUCGCCGCCAUCACCCAGUCGGAGCGCUUCUUCAUCAACGGCUCAAACUGGGAGGGGAUCCUGGGCCUGGCCUACGCCGACAUCGCCCGGCCGGAUGAGACGCUGGAGCCUUUCUUUGACUCUUUGGUCCGUCAGACGUCUGUCCCCAACCUCUUCUCGCUGCAGCUGUGUGGCGCCGGCUACACCCAGAACUACUCCACGGGCAGCUCCACCGUGGGCGGCAGCAUGAUCAUCGGAGGAGUGGACUCCUCGCUUUACGUGGGAGACAUCUGGUACACUCCGAUCCGCAGGGAGUGGUAUUAUGAGGUUAUAAUCGUGCGCAUUGAAGUGAACGGGCAGGACCUCAACAUGGACUGUAAAGAGUACAACUACGACAAGAGCAUCGUGGACAGCGGCACCACCAACCUGCGCCUACCGAGGAAAGUCUUCCAGGCUGCAGUCAAAGCGAUCGAGGCGGCCUCUUCGACGGAGCAGUUUCCCUCUGGGUUCUGGUUGGGGGAGCAGCUGGUGUGUUGGCAGGCCGGCACGACGCCCUGGCACAUCUUCCCCGUCAUCUCCCUGUACUUGAUGAGCGAAAACCGCAACCAGUCCUUCAGAAUAUCCAUCCUGCCGCAGCAAUACCUGCGGCCGGUGGAGGAUGUGGCUUCCGCUCAGGAGGACUGCUAUAAAUUUGCGGUGUCUCAGUCCAGCACCGGCACAGUGAUGGGAGCCGUCAUCAUGGAGGGCUUCUACGUCGUCUUCGACCGCGAGAAGAAGCGCAUCGGCUUCGCUGUCAGCACCUGCCACGUGCACGAUGAGUUCCGCACCGCCUCUGUGGAGGGCCCGUUUCACGGCAUCGACCUGGAAGACUGCGGCUACAACAUCCCACAGACGGACGAGUCCACUCUGAUGACCAUCGCCUACAUCAUGGCCGGGAUCUGUGCUCUGUUCAUGCUGCCACUAUGUCUGAUGGUGUGCCAGUGGCGCUUCGCCCGCUGCCUCCACCCGCAUGGUGACUUUGCAGACGACAUAUCACUCCUAAAAUGAAAGAAUGGACUCGUGGGAAGUGUAUUCCACGGCUGACCUGACGUUUGCCAGAAGAGUCGUAAUGAACUGGAGGCACCAGCGCAACCCCAGGUGCUGCAGUCAGCAUCAUCUUUGCCUGUUUUCAGCUACCUAUGCAGACCAGCUUGACUAAACAUGAGCUAAAAGGCAAAAAACAAACUUUUUUAUUUUAUUUUAUUAGUGUAAAGUGAAUCCUUAAAGUGCUGUUGUUUUAAGAAACAAGUCAUGUCAUUUCUCACAGCUUCUCUGGAUUUGUUGACGUUGGUUUGCAGAAUCCUGGGCAGCAGGAUGGAGAGUUUCAGGAUUUUGACCCAAAUAUGAAAACAAAAGAGUUGAAGUGGUUAUUGUGUUGGUUUGAACACAUGAAUGUGGUUGUGUAUGUCUUCUCUUUGCGGCUUUUGACUGAGUUAAGCAAGUUGCUCGAGCAUGCCUGUAUGUGCACAGCUGUACUUUACUGUAACCGAAGAGCAGAACGUUUUGACGUUAAUCCAGAAAGUUAAUCCAAAUCUAUUUAACAGCGUAUGCUUGACAAGGAAUCCCGACAUUCAGAUCUGCUCUGUUUGUUCCUCCUGCUCCGCUUACAUGAAAGCUGAACUGUUGUAUAUAAACUAUGUGCAUUCCAGGCGUCCUCUUUGCACAUUCACAGAACACAUAUCUUUGCAAGCGACUGGUGAACUGCUUUUAUGUGGUUCGAUGACUUAAUAGGGCUUUUUUCUCCACUGUCUGGCACUAACCCUUCACACCUUUUAACAGGGACAGCAGAGGAAAGCAGCCCCGUUGUACACUAAAGAACAAAUAUAUAUAUCUGUCUGUGAGGGACAGUUUGUGUCGUCUCUGAAAAAGCUGUAAAUAGAUCAACUCUGAUAUUUAUCUGUCAGAUACUGGCAGCCUGAGGAACCAAUAAAAGGCUUAUUGUAACUAUAAUGUUGUUAUCUUUUCUCUAGUUAAGCAGAAAAUGUUGCUCUUUGGAAUAAACAGUGGGAAAAAAAAACAAAUUUUAGUGUUUAAUGGGGUUUUAUCUGAUGUUGAACCCCUAUUUCUGAGUUAGUUCUCUUGUGUUGAAGUUCACCAGUUAAUGGAGAAAUGAGGCAAAGUGACAAUCCGACUGUGAAAGAUUGGGAACCCUCUGGAAACCCUCCUUCAGUCUGACAAGGAUAGCUAAAUCCUUUCAGUGCAAGUAAAGUUCUGGUCCAUCCUGUCAUAACAGCCCAAAAUGAAAACUUGAGGGUUUUUCCCGUUUUGUGACUAAAAUAAUUUCCAACAUCAGUCCAGAAUAUAUUUGUAUACAUGCAAUUCACAAAUAAACAACAAAUUAUUUCCUCUU